AUGGGUUCGAAUAAACCGUCAUCCGCCUUUGUGCUGAAAGAUGAGCCCAUAGAGAACCAGCGACGGCUCAAGGUUCGUGUGAUAGGUGCUGGCUAUUCAGGCAUCUAUCUUGGUAUCAGAAUUCCCCAGCGAUUACGCAAUAUCGAUCUCCAGAUUUUCGAGAAGAACAAAGGAGUAGGUGGAACGUGGUGGGUUAAUAGAUAUCCUGGAUGCGCCUGCGACAUACCCUCUCAUAGCUAUCAGUAUUCAUUCGACCCUAAUCCCGACUGGUCGGCUUUCUAUGCCCCACAAGCUGAGAUCUGCGCAUACCUCCAUCGUAUUACUGACAAGUAUGGAGUGAUGCGCUUUGUGAGGCUUGAGCAUGAAGUUGAGAGCUGCACUUGGAGCGCAAGGACAAGAAAAUGGUGUAUUAAAAUACACAACCUCCAAACUGGCGACCUCUUUGAGGAUGAAGCGGAUAUUCUGAUAUCUGCUCGAGGGAAUCUGAGUCAUCCAGCAUGGCCAGGCAUCCGGGGACUAGAAAGCUUCAGUGGACAGGUCAUGCACUCAGCGUUAUGGAAAGAAGACUACGACUUCAAGAAUAAGAAAGUCGGAGUGAUUGGUAAUGGUUCGAGUGCUAUUCAGAUCGUGCCAAGCCUCCAGAAAAUUGCCGGAACAAGGUUGUCAUGCUUCGUACGGAGUAAGACGUGGAUCACUAAUCCAUUUGGCGAUCAUGUUAUGCACAAGCUGGGACUGGAUCCUCAAAAGCUUGCGUUUUCAGACGAGCAAAGAGAACAGUUCGCGAACGACCCGGAAAAGCUUUACGCCUUUCGCAAAGCUAUCGAGCAAGAUGGCAAUACCAUUCAUGCCGUUUCCUUUAGAGAUUCUGAUAUGCAACAAACCGCAAUCGAAACCUUUCGUGCAGCGAUGAGAAAGCGCUUAACCGCAAAGCCCGAAAUCGCAGAAUUUCUGAUACCUUCCUUCGGGGUUGGCUGUAGACGAACGACGCCCGGACCAGGGUAUCUCGAAGCCUUGGUCGAGUCAAACGUAGAUUUCAUUACGGAUCCUAUUGUUGAGGUGAACUCGCAAGGUGUUUUGCUGCAUAAUGGAAGACAAGUGGAUCUUGAUUGUCUUGUCUGUGCGACUGGCUUCAAUGCAUCAGGCGCACCCCCUUUUCCAGUCUAUGGCCAAGAUGGGCUCUCAUUGGAAGAUCGUUUCAAACCUCAUCCCGAAGCAUACCUAUCCCUUGCGGUCGAUGGGUUCCCAAACUUCUUCAUGAUGCUGGGGCCGAACUCUGCAAUAGGGAGUGGUUCAUUGACCAUGAUACUCGAGACCGAGGGAGACUAUAUCGUCAAGUGUAUCAGGAAGUUACAAAAGGAAGACUAUGCCUCUAUGGAAAUCAAAAAGCAACGAGUCGCGGAUUGGUCUCAAUACUGUCACACUUACUUUGAGAAGACGGUCCAUACGGACCAGUGCAACUCGUGGUACAAAAGUGAAGGCGGGAAAGGCGAUCGAAUCACUGGACUCUGGCCCGGCAGCACGCUGCACGCACUGGAAGCUCUCAGAGCACCCAGAUGGGAGGACUAUCACUGGGAGAAUGUUGAAGAUGGCGUUAACAAGUUGGGAUGGCUAGGUAAUGGAUGGAGUCUAACGCAUACGGAGUUGCAAGACCAGGACAAGUAUGGAGGCGACCCAGCCUGGUAUCUCGAGCCCGAGUUUCAGAACGUCCCUGUGCUUGGCAAGCCCGAGGAGGACCCGGAGUAUAAGAAGAAGCCGUUUUCGCAUUGA